UGGUCCUGUACGCUCCGCCCAUUGACGUCAUCGCCGCGGCACGGCCACCCAGCCCAGCUCCCUGGUGUAGGGCGACCCUCCGCCUGCUUUCGCCCGCCACCGCCUCCGCCGCCACCAAAAUGUCUGGAGUUGCAGGCCCGGGUUCAAGUGCUGCCUCUGGCAGUAAUAAAAGACUUCAGCAGACCCAAAAUCAAGUGGAUGAGGUGGUGGACAUCAUGCGAGUGAAUGUGGAUAAAGUGUUAGAACGAGAUCAGAAGCUCUCUGAAUUAGAUGACCGGGCUGAUGCACUGCAGGCAGGAGCUUCCCAAUUUGAAACAAGUGCUGCCAAGUUGAAGAGAAAAUAUUGGUGGAAAAAUUGCAAGAUGUGGGCAAUAGGGAUUACUGUUGUGGUCAUCUUCAUCAUCAUCAUCAUCGUGUGGAGUGUUUCUUCAUGAAGAGUCAGUGAAAUUCCAGCAUGCUGUUCAAGAACUCUCAUCAAGAAUUUUGACUUAAAACUUGCUAUAGCAUCAAACUUAUGUACUGUUAUAUCUAAAACAAAUAUUUUCUGUUAAUGUAAAUUUGAUUUCUAGUAAAUGUGCUUUUGUUUUUAAAUAUUCACUCCAAACUAGAAAUGUAGUCAGCCCAACCCACAUUUUGCACAGUGACUUUACAAAUUAAUUUAAUGGGCUGAUGAAGAGGACUUUUAAUUUCCAGAGUUUUAUCAUCCAGAAGUAAUGUCUGAUUAAUUAAUUGUUCCCUCUUAAGGGGACUUGUUCCAAGUUACCCGUUCUCAUCAUAUAACAUCAUCUUUAUAACAACAUAUUAUGCCUUUAGGUAAACAGAUUUCCACCUUGUGCCUUCCAGAAAGAACACUACUGCCUAACAUAAAUCUGUGACAUUUAUAGGCUGUGCCUUAUUUUGCUAUUUUUUUCUUUCCUUUUUGUAAUCACUACUGAUUCACUGUAUAUAAAAUAAGAUGCUGGUCAAGAGAUUUUGCUCUUACAUUAGAUACAAAGAUGUUUACUUUCUUGUUACUGUUAUGUGUCAGUAUAUACUGCCAAACACAUUUUAACCCAAAAUAAUAACACCUUUGAAACAUUUUAUAGGGCAAUGGCUAUGACCAAAGUUUCUAUUUUGCCAAAAAUUAUAUUCUAACAAAAAUGUUUAAAGUAUGUUUCUGACAGAUGAAUUCAGGAAAGUGACAGUUGAAACUCAAAGUGCCCUUUGUUAUUGAAAAAUCUAAUAACUGUGUGUGAACUUGUAUGUUCUGAUAGGCCUUUCUUGCCUUUGAAAUACUGAAGCUGGUACAGCUCUCCUUCCAAAUCAGCAUUUUCCCAAGAAGUUAAGAGAGGUUUGAGCUAGACUCUGGCCAUCUCAUAUCUAAAGGCAGAAUUUUUCACCCAGCACUUUGCAGAUUAUCAGCUGUGGAUUUCAGUAUGUUUCAGAUAAUUAUGUGAGCAAUAGUUCUCUGGCCUUCUAGUGAGACCAUUUAUGAAGUGGUCAUUGUCCCUGUCCUCAUACAGUAACUUUUUUUGGAGUUUGUUUCCUAUUUGUAUCUAUAUUCUACUUCCUAAAUGUGUCUUCUAAAUUAUGCUUUCAAUUAGGAAUUGGAUGACUUCUCACAGAGGAUAGCUAGCCAGACAUACUUUGCCUAGUUCAUGACUGUAUCAAAUGCUGCUGUGGAAAGUUAUUUGUCAUCUGAGGAUUCUCAUGUACAUGAGACUUUGAAUAUCAAGGGUAUAUGGCUUAAGGAUGGAAAUUCAAACAGAAAUGAAAAUUGGCAGAGGCACUGAGAGAAAACAAAGAUUUUACACCUCUUUGUUACUGAAAUAUUCUAAAAUUCUUGAAUUACAAAGGAAUAGCAUUUGAGUUGUACCAGAUGUGGGUUCCACUUGUGUAAUAUGUGUUCCCUUGGCAUCAUUGAAAUGGUGUUACAUAAAAGACGCCUUGCAGUGUGCCUGGCUAUAUAAGAAGACAGUGGUCAGUAUUGGACAUAGCCCAUGCUCAGUUCAGAGGCUUUGUCUGGGCCUGCCUCUGAAACCUUGGUGCUUUCUCUUUGGCCCCUGUGCUCAGUGCCAUGUAACCCGCUGGCACCUGCAUUAACCCAGGAAUACUUCGCUUGUAUCUGUGCAUUUAGCUGAGAACCCACCCACUAUACAGAACUGAAUAAAAUGUUUAUAAAUGUAA